UUGUAUAUUGUAGGCCUUCAGUGCAUCGUAACAAUAACUUUAAUUAUAUUACUAUUUUGAAGUAACAGUUUGGAGAGUGAUAUUAUAUUAUUUCACUACCAACAUCAUGAGAGACUUGAGGGAAUGAUGGGGGAAAACCUCUGCAGUAUGCUAAUUCUAGGUUACAUUUUGUCUCAUGGAAAACACAGAAGUCUUACUUACCCUAUCCUAAUUUGAUGGAUGCUUUGUAUAAGUCUGAGUUAAAGAAUUACUUUAUAAUCUGAUUUCCACUAGGAAGCUCUUCUAGGUUGUUAGGUUGCCAUGGCAUCCGGACCCAACUUUAUGGACCCUGUUUGUCUACUGGAAAGUGUUAAUGAAUUGCUGUCAGUGAACCAAAAAGCUCUACAGAUUCUUGGUGAGAUUUCUCAGCCAGUGGUUGUGGUGGCCAUUGUAGGACCAUAUCAUACAGGAAAAUCCUACUUGAUGAACCGCCUGGCCGUGCUUCUGUGCAGUAGCUUUGUCUACAACAGCAUGAGCACCAUCAACCACCAGGCCCUGGAGCAGCUGCAUUAUGUGACAGAACUUGCAAAACUCAUCAGGGUGAAGUCCUCUCAAACACCUGAUAGAGUAGAAGAUUCCACAGAAUUUGUGAGUUUCUUUCCAGACUUUAUCUGGACUGUACGGGAUUUCACCCUGGAGCUGAAGUUACAUGGUCAGCCUAUCACAGAAGAUAAGUACUUGGAGAAUGCCCUGAAGCUGAUUCCAGGGAAGAAUCCUAAAGCCCAAACAUCCAAUCUAACCAGAGAGUGCAUCAGGCAAUUCUUUCCAAGACGGAAGUGUUUUGUCUUUGACCGGCCAACAAAUGACAAAGAAAUUCUAGCCAAUAUUGGGAUGGUAUCUGAAGACCAACUGGAUCCUAAAUUCCAGGAGCAAACAAAAAAUUUCUGUUCUUACAUCUUCGCUGAUGCAAGGAUCAAGACCCUCACAGAAGGAAUCAUGGUCACUGGGAAACGGCUGAGAACUCUUGUUGUGACCUACGUGGACACUAUCAAUAGCGGAGCAGUACCUUGCUUGGAGAAUGCAGUGACAACUCUGGCCCAGCUGGAGAACUUAGCUGCCAUUCAGAAGGCAGCCAACCACUACAGCAAGCAGAUGGCCCAGAGAGUGAGCUUCCCCACAGACACACUGCAGGAGCUGCUGGAGGAGCAUGUUGCCUGUGAGAGGGAAGCCACUGCAGUCUUCAUGGAGCACUCCUUCAAGGAUGACAAGCAGGAGUUCCAGAAGAAUCUUGUGGAAAUCAUAAAGAAUAAGAAAGAGGAUUUCUUGAUGCACAAUGAAGAGACAUCAAUCAAAUACUGCCAGACUAAACUUGAUCAGCUUUCAAAGACACUAAUAGAAAGUAUCUCAGCAGGAACUUUCUCUGUUCCUGGAGGUCAUGAACUCUACAGAAAAGCAAAGGAAAUUAUUGAAAGGGAAUAUCAUCAAGUGCCCAGGAAAGGAGUGAAGGCAAAUGAGGUCCUCCAGAGCUUUCUGCAGUCACAGGUGGCAAUAGAGAAAUCCAUCCUGCAGGCAGAUAAAUCCCUCACUGAUGGGGAGAAGGCCAUAGCAGAGGAGCGGGCCAGGAAGGAGACAGCUGAGAAGGAACAGGAGCUGCUGAAACAGAAACUGCAGGAGCAGCAGCAGCAGGUGGAGGCUCAGAAUAGGAGUCUCCAGGAACACAUAGUCCAGCUGAUGGAGAAGCUGGCGAGGGAAAGAGAAAACCUGCUGAGAGAGCAGAGCAAGAUUUUGGAGCAUCAGCUGAAGGUGAAUCAUGCUGUGGUAGUAGUAGAGCUUGAUAGCCUGCGCUGGUUCCUCAGCAAGGGAUGGGUGAGAGUUACAGCAAGAUCAUGCAGGGAUCACCAGUGCAUCUACUGCUUGUGAUUUUUUUUAAACCCUGAAGAUUUGGAAUCCUUCCAAAACCUUUGAGUUCUACUCUGUAAGUAGACUUUGGAGAAUUCAGGAUGAGUAUGGCCCCCACUCCAAACUUUCAGAUAAUAUAAAUAGGUUUUAAUAGUCAUUUUAGGAAUUUUAAAAUUAUCUCAUAGGGCUUGAUUGAACAGAUAUUCCAACUACCCUGUUUAAUAUGUGCAACAACUAGUAUGCUCUACUAAGAUCACUACAUUUUACCAGAAGCCCUGCUCAGCCCAAGGCCCUGAGGUAGAUCUGUGCUGACAUAAAACUACUAGAAAUGUCCAGACUUAAAAACACAGGGAAAUGAUAGAUUUUACACUUGCUGCAUUGCCUCCAGGUUUGGACAGAUCCCCAAGCUAUCAUGUGGCUUGGAGGGAUUUCUCUCAUUGUCCAUCUGAACAUGAUU